AAUAACAAUAUCGAUAAUAAUAAUAUCAAUAAUAAUAAUUAUAAUAACAAUGAUAAUAAUGAUAAUAAUAAUAUUUAUAAUGAUAAUAAUAAUAAUAAUAAUAAUAAUAAUAAUAAUAAUAAUAAUAAUAAUAAUAGUAAUAAUAAUAAUGAUAAUAAUAAUAAUAAUAACAAUAGUAAUAAUAAUAAUCAUGAUAAUAAUAAUAAUGAUAAUAACAAUGAUAAUGAUAAUAAUAAUAAUAAUAGGUAAAGUAAUAAUAAUAAUCAUAAUAAUAAUAAUAAUAAUAAUAACAAUAAUAUUAAUAAUAAUAAUAAUGAUAAUAAUAACAAUGAUAAAAAUAAUAAUAAUAAUGAUAAUAAUAAUAAUAAUAAGAAUAAGAAUGAUAAUACUAAUAAUAAUAAUAAAAUAAUAAAUAAUAAUAAUGAUAAUAAUAAUAAUAAUGAUAAUAAUAAUAAUAAUAAUAAUAAUAAUAAUAAUAAUAACGAAAAUAAUGAUAACAACAAUAAUAAUAACAACAACAACAAUGGCCCACUAAAUACUCUGUCCCAAAGAAUGGACGGUGGUGUUCCCUUGGUAUGCUAA